UCUUAUUUUUCAUAUUUUUCUGAGUGACACGUUAACUAGGGUAUGCGUUGGCCGACAGCCCCGGGUAUUUAUACGGAAUGAGACUGUUAGUAAUCGAUAACGACGAAACAGUGAGGAGUGGAUUUCCCUAGUUCUCGGUGUGAAACUACUGUGGUUUUCAUUAAGAAAAUUCAUUGUUCCCGCCCGUUACUGUUAUUCCAUGACCUUCGAACACAUUGUCGCGAUUUGAGGACUUUCUUUUUUUUGUUUUCCUCUAAUUUCGUUGAACCACUAGGCUCGAGUGAUUGUUUACAGGCGAGAUCAACAUCGAAUUCCCUGUUGUUUGGAUGGGAUUUAAGCGAGAAACAUCAAAGAACUUCUUGGUCGUUGAUUUAAUUUUCGAGACAAAAGGUCUAUUCAUGUUUCGUGCUAAAAUCAUCAGGAUUUGAGAUUCAGGAUAUUUGAAACUGUUGUCAAGGAAGACAGGAAAACGAUGUUGAGGGGCGACUUGCGGGGAACUGUCAGCAUUCCGGUAUUACGUGAAAUUAAACUCGGAUGGGAAUAUAUAAUCAUGAAGAAAAUAAUCAUUGUCAGUGGAAAAUUGAAGAGAAAGGACUUGUAAUAUUCACGCCGCUUAAAAUCUUCCGGAAGAAAAACGGAUUCAACAAUGAGGAAUUAGAAAUAAAAAACAGUUUGAGCUCAAGAAAAAAAAAUAUUUAUCAGAACAACAAACUAAGUUGCCAUCUUAUCUUUGAGCGCCAAUGCCUCCUGUUGGAGUAGCUGAGUGUCCCUGAGAAUCCUGGGGAGACUCGAGAGGACAGACUGGCUCGUUUCUUCGAGGGAGCCAUUGACUUGUUAUAAGGGGUCUCGAGGGCAGAGCGUCAAGGGAAGCGCAGAAAGGGAAAUCCUAGGGCCAAAUCGAUACUCGUGGUACCAGAACCCUUAUGGUAAUUAUUUGAAAACAACCUGGUGGUUUGAUAAAAAAUAAAACGCUCGUAUGCAGCAGCAACGUAACACCGGCGUUCCUUCAGCCUCAGUGACAACGUCACCAUCAACAAUGGCAAAUAUGUUUUCACAGCAGUACUGCCUUAGAUGGAAGUACCAUCACAGCAAUCUGCAGACUAUGUUCUCGCAAUUGCUCGAGAGACAGGCGUACUGCGACGUUACACUAGCUUGCGAGGGCCAGACACUCAGGGCGCACAAGGUUGUCCUGAGUGCGUGUAGCACAUACUUCGAUACAAUAUUGUCGCAGUACGAGGAGAAGGAUCCAAUAGUAAUAAUGCGUGACGUGAAAUUCUCAGACAUCAAAGUACUCGUUGAAUUCAUGUACAAGGGGGAGAUCAAUAUCGAUCACACAAGACUGGCAUCUCUGCUGAAAACCGCAGAGGAUUUACACAUAAAAGGAUUAGCGGAGGUGACCUGGCGAAGUGACUCAACGCAAAAUGAACUGAAUAACAGUGGACACAGCCCUGGAGCGGGAACACCUGGUGUUGAGACUGUACUGAGGGAAGGUGAUGCAGACGAGCCACCACCUCCAAAGCAAAAGCGUCGGGGUAGACCGCCCCUCGACGAUCCACCAUCGGCUCACGACGUAUUCACACCGAAAGUAACAUGCAUCACUGGAAACGUAGGAACAUUUCCUGAGGAAAUGAUGAGUGAGGGAGAUCACGAGAGCUGGGACGACGAGAUGAUGAUGAAUGAGAACAAUGAGCCUCCGCUGCCAGUGCUGUCCUACUUGUCCAAGGAAGACGGCAACUCAGACCAAGAAAAAAAACCUUCUACAGCUCCUAGCACUCCGUCAAACUCAAAUGCAACGAACCCAGCUAUUCCCGAACAAUUCCGUGAUGUUGUAAAAAUGAACGACUACCUGACAACAGGAAGACGACAAGAAUUCUGGGAAGAGCCAUUUACGAGACGCGUUAUGGAUGCUAUCAAGAGUAAAGAACUGGAGAUGAAGACUGCCGCUGAGAUACUUGGCGUAUCCUAUGGAACACUCUACGGAAGAUACAGAGACAGUUAUGGUUGCCUUAAACACCCGUACAGAGUCCGAGACUUUUGGUCAGAGCCAGGACCAGCCGAAGUUCUAUCCAAACUUCGAAGGAAAGAAAUAACCCUCUUCAGGGCAGCCGAAUUUCUCAAUGUCACCGUCCACACACUUGCGACGUAUCUAUCAACGUUACAAGGCCCCGACAGAAUUUCAUUGGCCGGUGAAUUGAGCGCUGCAAGCCCUCUUGAUGGCAACGACGUUGAUCCCAAUAAUGAGUCAGUUAAUGAAAUAUUGCAAAAGUUGAAUGCAGCUGGUGCAACAGCUACGAUACCAACAACAUCGGCAUCGAUAAAGAGAGAGGGUGGUGGAUACAUCGAUCUACCGACAACAAUACCAAAAGCAGCGAGUUCAGUACUCGAAAAUAAUCCGGACAUUACGAUCGUUAAGACAGAGAGUAUUCAACGCAAGAGGGAAUACUCAAAGGUAUCUAAUACCGAGAAUAAUAAUGCUAAAUUGAUGAGUGGUGGGGCUGUCAGUGAAUUGCAACAGAAAAUAACGGAUCCCUUGUCGUUAAACAAUGAUCAUAACAAACCAUAACUGUUCAGGCCUUAUUUGACACCGAAUUUUCCGAGAUUUGUACAAAAUCAUGGAUACAGGAGGGAUCUCUGCCCUAGACGAUUUUAUUCCAACCUGUUCAGUAGAUUUCUCACCAAUUUUCAGUUGAAGUAAACGAGCAUUUGUUUGAUUAUUAUUAUUAUUACCAUUAUUUCUCUAUUUUGACAAAAUCGAAGAUGAACUUUCGGUUAUUUUAGACUUUUUGAACAGAUGUGGGAGGAGGAAGAGGGGAAUUUCCUCCUCCUUCUUCGAUUAAUUUUCUGUUGAAACUGGAAAAUGUGGGGAAAUCUGCUGAGAUUAUUGCUAGUAAAUACGAAAUAUUCACGUGACACCUCAGAUAUACUUUUCGGAUUGUCUCCCAAUAACUCUUUAAUGUGAAUAAAAUAAUGUGUGACAAUAUCCUCAGCUCUAGGGCAGAGAUGAUGGGGCAGUUGUUGGGAUAUUCCUUCUGUAUGAUUUUUGUUCAAUCGUUUGCAAUAGAGAGAGCUAGCUCAUGAUUUUCGGGAUGAUUUGUUCAUGCUGAGGGAAAUUAUUAUUUCAAUGGUCUAGCAGUGUUUACAGGCGAGUGUCAAAAUUAUUGAAAUUUAAAUGCCCUGUAAAGUGAAUUUUCCAACAUUUAUCUCGCCAAACUGCAUGUCAAUCAUCGGAAAAUAUCCAUGACCCCGAAAUCAGCAGAAGUUUUAUCUCUUUCGUAUAAUGGAGAUGUAAAAAAAAAAGCCUGCAAUGACACGAGAAUGCAUACCCAUACGCGAUUAAUUCCACGAGGGAAAUUCAAUGAAACAGAAAAGUUGGUGAGUUUUUAAAAAUACUAACUCGUGACGGAAAUUGGGUAAGUGAUUUUUCAUCUAAAAAAAAAUGAAACUGGAGAUGGACUGACGUACGAUAUAGAGACAAAUGAAUAUAAAUAAUAAAUAAAUAAAUGGAAAAAUGGAAGAAUGGAGGUGCGAAUGGGGAUACACGCAUAGCGAGUACAUAAAUAUUUAUCAUACUAUUGCCUAUGUGAGCGUUUAGAGAACGAUAAAUGAAGAAUUAUAUUUUUUUCUCUUUUUAUAUAAAAACAAACAUUGGUAUAGAAAUAAAAUAUGCACUCGUAGAUGUUUUAGAAACGUUAAUAGGUGUUACAUUUAAUGCGAGCUUUUUAUAGCAAUUUUAAGUGAAACUUUUUUUAUUUAAGAAAUAUUAAAUAUAAUUUGAUGGAUCAGAAAACAUUACUUGAUUGUAUAUCAAAGACGUUUUAUUAGUUGUAUUGAAUAUUAAAUAUUAUUUACGAUUGUUUGAGACAGAAAUGAAUCACAAACGUCCAUUUGUAAAUAUCGGUGCAAUAGAGAUUUCUAGAGGAAGAACUUAUAUCAUUUGUCAGAAUUAAGUCGCUUUUUUUUUUACAUGAAUUAUGAAAUCAUAAUUUUGAUGCCUGAAUAUGUGGAAUUAUUCGCAUUGGGAUCAGUUUCGUGAGUAUUCUGCAAACUUGUUUAAGUGACAUUUGAAAUAGUUCUGUGAAGGAUAUUUCUGGAAAUAAAUAAAGUGAAGAUUUGUGUUUAAGUCUUCAGGAUUUAUUUGUCUGUAGGAAUGUCUUUUACUCUUGAUCGAAAUCACUGUUUCAAAAUAUUCAUUUCCCCAAGUCUCCAAACUAUUCAUACUAGUUAUCAUAGGGAUAAUAUCUACUCAAUUCAUGCUUUAUCGUUGAAUAUCGACGACAUAUUCAGGUCAAUGAAUUUGCUUCUUAUGCUUGUUCACACCUUAUGAUUAUGUUUUUUUCUAUUAGGAAAAAUCAUUUAUUAUUAUUUUUUUUCUCGAGCUAGACACAAAAUUGUGAGGCAAGAGCGUAUAAUUGAAUGUGAAAGGAAAUAAAAUAUUGAAAAUUCCCCUAAAUGAAAAUUAAUAAUGACUGGAUAAACCGAGUAUUCCUGUUUGCUGAUUGUAAAAUUAAGUAAGAAUUUAAGAAUUAUAAAUAAUAGGUAUUUUUCAUUGAAUAUUUUUCGAUGAUAAACAACAAAAAAUAAAUAAGACUUAGUUCCCUUCGAUUUUAUCAUGCUUGGACACUUGUGGAGGCGUUUGAACGGUACUUUUUUCCUGUUCAUAAAACAUUGGAUGAGUAUUUUUGCAUUUCUUGUGAUAUGUAUAUACUAUCUAUUUAUUCUUCUGGAAUUUCGUGUAUUUCAAGAGUGAAAUUCCCUAAUUGAUUCGUGUGGAUUAAUUUGAAAAUUUGUUUCAAAUCGAUUUUCGAUCAUUAAUAGAAAAUUAUUGUGUCAAAGACUGGAAAGUGAUAACAAAAUUGAUUAAUAAAAACGAAAAAAGGUGGACAACGUGGAAAAAAAUAAUGUUUCUUCACUCGCUCCCCACAAAUGUCCUACAAUUCUCACACUUGAAUUCUACAGUAAGUUAUCAUCUGUUAUGACUUCCCAUUUAUAUUUUAUCCACAACUGCUUCAUGAUUGCAAAAGAAAAAAUGAUAAUUUAUCAAAAUUGACGGAUGUACACCCUCUCACGACUUUUCAAUUGAAAAAAAUAAUAAUUUUGUGAUUGAGUAAAAUAAGGAGACGUGCGUUGCAUUUAUAUUUUUUCUCAGACUUGAAUUCCUCUUCAAACUGAUAUCUCUCAGGAACUAGUGGUUUUAAGGCCAAUCUGACUGGAGCAGUUGCAGAGCCAGAAUAAUUUCUGAUUCCCCCAUCGUUAAAUUCGUGAUAACAGGAUAUGAGAAAUUAUCCUGGCCAUCCCCUGCCACUGGCCAACACCACAAUUUUCUUGUAGUCUUACAGAUAGUCAACACUUUAACGCAGAAAACAAUAUCUAGACCCCCUCUCCCCCUACUCUUAAGACUCUAUCUCUUUCUUUUAAUUGAUCACAAAAUUGAAAACUUCCGAACAAAAUACAUUGCGCCUCACCGAACAGUGGGUCGAGUUAAACGAAAUAAUUGAUAGAUAAUCGUUUAUUUUAUAAUAAUAAAAAUAAGACUAAGACAUACCAAAUGAGAAGCGUAAGAAUUUUUUUUAGAUUUAGUAUUGUAUCGCAUAUCAAGAGAGCGAAUGAAAAAAAAAAAAUACAUGCUAAAAGCACUCUGUAUUGCCUGUAAAAGCGUCCUAGUGUGAUGGAGAAAAUAAUGAAAUAUCAAAAGAGCAAAAAUAAAAAAAAAUAUCGAGGUUGACCCGUGGACAAUGGAGGAAGAGCCUCUCGGAAAUUUGGAAAAUCAAAUGAAAUUUUGAAUGUCAUACUAGGACGCAAAGACCACUACUCUAGCAAGGGUAUACGACUAGAAGUAUUAAAACAAAAAAAAAUAUUUAACGUUAAUUAAACGGUCCAAAAUGAGUGGCCAUAUUUUUGAGACAGCAAUUACCGGUCGCGCACUCGUCUUACAUUAUAAUCAUUAUUUUCAAUCUUACAUUAUUUAAUUUGUAUCAGUUGUAUUUAAGACACCCUACACGCAUAUACAUAUAUGAUAGAUAAAUAUAUAUACAAAUAUAUGAAAAACACAUUCAUAUAUAAAUAUAUAUAUAUUCAUAUAUAUGUAUGUAUAUAUAUAUAUAUGAAUUUGAGUUGAAAGGAGAAAAGGAAAGAUCGUGGAACAAUUUCUCGAAUAAUUUCAUUUUGUACAAAUUUGUAACUUUAAUUUUCAUUAAAUUGAGAGGACAGUGAAAAACAUGUGAAAUUGACGUAGAUAACAGUGGGUACUAAUUA